AAUAUCAAUUUCCAAGGACCAAUUUCCAUGUAAUUUCUCUGUAUCAAGUCGCAUGGAAAUUGACAUGUAAUUUCUCUGUAUGGAUUCGCUUUUUCAUUUCUUCUCCCAUUUAUGUGUGUGUGUAUACUAUAUAUACAUGAUAUUCAGCCCCUAAUUAUAAAUAAACAAGUGCACACGAAGGAAAAAUAAAGUGAUUGGAAAUGGAAGAUAUUACAAGCGUACUACCGGAAGAAUGCAUCGCCAAGAUAAUAUCAAAAACAUCCCCUUCCGAUGCAUGCAGGUUGUCGUUGGUCUCCACGGCCUUCAGCUCAGCUGCGGCUUCAAAUCUCGUGUGGGAGGGCUUUCUGCCACCCGAUUAUCAGCACAUCAUUUCUGAAUCGGUUUCGUCGGCAUCGUCACAAACAUCACCCCUGAAUAUGUUGUCCAAGAAAGAUCUGUAUUUCAGCCUCUGCCACAAUCCAAUCCUCAUCGGCAACGGAAACAGGAGUUUUGCAAUACAUAAAUGGAGUGGGAAAAAAUGUUACAUGCUGGGAGCAAGGCAGAUAGAUAUAGCAUGGGGAGACACAUCCCAGUACUGGAAAUGGACUUCUCUUGGCGACUCACCAAUACUGCCCAAGUCAAGAUUUCCGGCAGUUGCUCAUCUUGUGCGUGUGUGUUGGCUCGAAAUAACGGGCAGAGUCCAGACAAAAAUCCUGUCCCCGUACACAACAUAUGGUGCAUACCUUAUUUACACCAUUGCGAACAGUUUCCAAGGGCUUGGCGUGCCAGUGAAGGUAUCUGUUGGAUAUAUAGAUGGAUGUCAGGAAGGACGAUUUCCAAGCAAGAGAGAGGACAUGUGGAUGGAGAUUGAGAUGGGGGAAUUCUUCAAUCAUGGCCAAGAUAGUAGAGUGGUCGACAUGCGCUUGGGGGAGUUUGAAUUCCUCAACUGGAAGUCUGGCCUUGUGAUCCAUGGCAUUGAGCUUCGGCCCAAAGAAAAAAGAUAAAUCAUUUAAGAGAAGAGAAAUGAUUUUGUUUUCUUGGGAGGUUGUUUAUUUUCGUAAACAUGUACUGUAUGGUACAAAUAAAUGUAGUUUCUACGUACGGACUUCAUGAAUAGAGAGUACUAUGAAUAAUGAUCAAGUAGGU